UCAACGCUGAACCAGUCUUUGUUAUAUCGAGGGCAGCUGAUGACGUAUCGUUUGCUUCAGAAUAUCGAUCGAUUCAUAAAUAUCGAUAUUUGUAUAUUUUAUCUGUAAAUUGCUUGAGGAAUCAUCAAAUUUUAUUAUGAAUUUUGUGAAAUGCCGACAUGAUGAUUUUAAAUAUGUGGUGUAAAGUAGACCAGCCAUGUUUGUUUUAUUUGACGCUGUGACGACAUAUGUCUUUGUAUAUUCUAGGAAAUGAUCAACAUCAUAAAUGGUUGAUACGACAUGCAACAGUCGACACUUGUUCCUGGCCAAUCGAGAUAUACUUCUGUCAAAGGACAAGUUGCCACCGAGAUAACAAUCGGCAUCCUUGUGGCCGGGGUACUCGGUGGACUCAUUAUAGUAAUAGCUGUAAUUCUCUUUUGUAAAUACUGUGUCAAGAAAAAUAAAGACUUUAGAAGACAAGAUUCCUAUAGUAGCCGUAGACUAUCGGACAGAGACCGUAGAUUUAAACCAUUACAAAGAUACGAAACGAUCAACUCAGAUGUUUUCUCGGAACCAAGUACAGGAUCUAUGGAUGGUGUCCCUAUAAGUCCUAGAAUUCAUCAUGAGCUUGAGAGAUAUAGUGAGAUUAACGAGGCAGAUGAAACAACACAACUUAAAUCUGAUUUUGAUAAAGUAUCUUACAAGGAAAUAAAACCAGGCAUUGAGACAACUAACGUACAGACAGCUGAAGAGGAACCAGAAAUUAAAAUAGGGAGGCGAGUAUCCUUCAAAUUGGACGAAAAGAAGAAGGAACGUCAGACAUUACGUCAGCAGGGAAGAAGGUAUACAGAAGGUGAUUUUCACCAUCUUAAAAAGGCAAGGAUAGACAAAAAUGUUCCGCGUCAGUACUCUCUAAACGUAAACUACCAAACAUCAAAUGAAAACCAAUCGGAAUGGAAAUAUCACCAGAUACAACUUGAAGAAUCCCCAACUGAAUCCGAACAUGACGUUCUCCAUGUGUUCCCACGUGAUGAUGAUUCACCACCAGAAGAUCCAAUACAGAAGCAGGUCUCUGUUGAGAUUCAUCGCCAACCGAACCUUUCACCGGUUAAAAGUGAUCCCAACUUACAUCGACAUAAACCAGAGAAACGAGGAAGAUCGUUGUCACAGGUUGGUGCAUUAAAUGAACAAGAAAACUGGAAGAAACGAACAAGAAGAGCAAAGAGUUUUGAUCACAUUUGCGAUUAUGAUAUGUUUAAAAUAACAGAGUUCAAAGGACCUUUUUAUAAUACCGACUUUGAUGUUAUAUCAGAACUAAGCUCCUCUGAAAGUUCGAAAGUUCGAUAUAAUGACACCGGAAGUAUCGAACAGUUAAACGAAGAUCAGUUAGAACGACUAGAGCUUGAUAAAUUUGAUAUCGACAUUUGUCAUUUAUCGGAAAGUGAUGACACCGAUACGUUAAACGGAAGCAGAAAAUAUCGAGAGUUGUGGAACCUGAGGGCAACGUUUGAAGAAGAAGAGGAAUGCAGUGAUACUAUUCGUAUGGAAGACAUGACAUCACCGGAUCAAUCGCCUGAAUGUGAAGUUAAAGAUUCGGACUUUGAAUCGCAUUCUGGUAGUCCGAAAAGACAAAAAAAUGAAACUUGUGAAUCUGAGGAUGGUUGUGAAAAGCUUCAACCCCAAAACUGCGAAAGUAAACAAAAACAAAGUUAUAAAGAAAUAUUAAGUAAUCGCUUAAAACAGUCUGAACAAAGCGGAAGUCGUGACAACAGUUUCGACAGUAUAGAGACAUGUGAAACGGACGAAAAUGUAUCCGAUUUAAGUCGAAAUGAACCUACAACAUCAUUUGAUUCGACAACGGAUAACACAGACAGUACCAAUGAAACGCAAAGUAGCAGACUCCUGCAGAUGAAAGCUGACAGUGGAUAUAAGUCAUUAGAAAUUCAACACCCACCUCCACCAAAUGGGGCCGUAAAACGAAAUCAUAGUGCGGGGGAAGUAGAGCCUUAUUAUAUCUACGAUGAUGCUUUUAGGCGGUUUUCAUUGUCAAGUCAGGAGGCGGGUCCGUCUGGAGAACAAUAUUUAUCGAGAGGUACAUUUUUUGACCGACGUAAUGGUAAAACUGCUUCGAAAAAGAGACGUGAGUAUAGUAGAGAUAGACAGAUCGUUCAAAUAUAUGAAAGCAUAAACGAGCCAGAAUCUGAUUCAAAGUCGGACCAGCCAUCCGGUGACAGUUUCGAGGAAAACAAAAUGCCAAAUAAAAAGUCUAUUUUCUCUAGGUUUUUUAAAUCCUAUCGUGACAACAAGGACUGUCCUUUAUCAGGCAAUAGAGAUUUCAGUAUUGAUGAAAAAACGAACACAAUAUUUCAAGAAUUUCUGAGAUACGAUCCACAACUCGAACCUAAAUGUGCGUAUGCUUCUUACCUGCGUAGGUCAUCUCGUUUUAACAAACAUAGACUACACCGGAAACAUACUGAUUCUAUGUUUAUCGAUGACCGCAGAAGAGAUCGAUUAGCACCGGAUAUGAGAAGUGCUAGCUUGGGAAGUGAUAGUAGUGCAAGUUCAGCUAGACGUUUGUCCCCUCAAGAUAGCAUAGAAGAAGAGGAAGAAGAAAGAGAGGAAGAGGAAAGAUGGUUAAACCAGUUUCCUCGAGAUAUUGAAUCUCGACAAUCAUUUUCAGUUCACGAAAUUCCUAUUAUAAAACUUCCAGAAGAAGAGAAGACUACUACUGAAGCUUAAAACAAAACCAUUUUUUUAAUUCAAAUUUACGUAUCGGACCAAUUUCGUCGAUUCAAAUUUCGUGGAUUUCUUUGAAAAAUCUUAUAUAUUUUAAAUAUUGUAAAUUUAAUUAGCAGUUUGAUUAAGACUAAUUAUUGAGAAAAAUCAGAUAGUAAGUAUAAUUAAUGAACAAGUAAGAUGUGGGCCACUUGUGUACUUUUCCGUCUGCUUUCUGUAUAUAGUGCUUAACAUACCCCACCACAAAUAUAUGUGUCAAAUUUUGAUUGUGAUAUAACCCUUAAUGAGCUGAUUGUAUGCGUUUUUUAUAUGAUUAUUUUUUAUUUAAAAUUCCAGUGUCAUGUCAGGGGAUAUAAACCAAAGUGUUUUUAAUUAUUUCUUGCAAGAGACAUGAAUUUAUUUUUCAUAACUAAGUAUUAAUACAUGUUUAAGAUUUAUACAUAUUUUUUCAAAACAUAUAUAUGUAUCAUUUAUUUAACACAAAGCGUGAAACCAGUUAGGCGAGCUCAUCUUUCUUUAAAUAGUUGAAAUUUAUUUUCAUUUAUCGUUUUAUGUUUGAUGUUAUAUUGUUAAAUCAUUAUUUUUCCUGGAAUUUUUUUCUAAGGUGUAACCAGAAAACUGUGCUAGCAAAUAAUUGUAUUGUGAUUAGUGAUGUAGGGGGGAAAUAUCGGAUAACGCCUGAAUACGACAAACCUUACAAUGUGAAAACCCAUAAUAAUUUGAACCUUUAGCGUCUGAACAUCUGAUAAAUUGAGUUUAGCUUUAUGUAUUUCUGAACUUUGGUAUCAUAAUAAUGUAGUGAAAUUGCUCUUUUAAUGAUAAAGAUAUGUCAAACCAACUCUUUAAUAUAUGUUUUACAUACUUGCCCUUUCGUUCUAGUUCAAAUCCAAUUAUUGUUUUUUAAUAACAAAUGUUCCAAAUUUGUCCACAUAUUUGGGGAAUUAAAAUGUUUAUACAGAUUUUUUUCUUUUACAUGUUAACUUAGUAUGGCGUUCAUUAUCACUGAACUAGUAUAUAUUUGUUUAGGGGCCAGCUGAAGGACGCCUCCGGGUGCGGAAAUUUCUCACUACAUUGAAGACCUGUUGGGGACCUUCUGCUGUUUUUUUUAUGGUCGGGUUAUUGUCUCUUUGACACAUUUCCCAUUUCCAUUCUAAAUUUUAGCGAUGAGUUGUGCUCCUAGUCAAGUCCUUUAUAUAUCUAUUUCAAUAACAGACACAUGUUUUUUAUAGAAAAAAAACUUAUUUUUUUUCAGUUUUGUUCCUUUGGUUAACUAUGGUGCUUCUAAGUAUAUUGUUAUGACAAAUGAUUACUUCUGUUAACUUUAUGUACGCAUCACGUAGUCUUUAUAUUUGUAAAAACCCCAGACCUUAAUUGAAUUUAUUAAAUAUUUAUUUUCAAAAAGAGUUUUUCUUACUGUGUAUGCUUGUGUAUGAAAUAUAGGUUUUUCUUAACAAAUUUUUUUUCAAAUUUAACAUCAAACUGCAUCUCCGCCUUAACUAGAAAGACGUUUAUCAUGUUUAUCCUUUAUAUGGUGCUUUUUCUAUGUUCAAUACAGUUUAAAUUAUUUUUAGUCUUGAUGUUGUAUUAGUAUUGUUACUAGAACUUCAUAUAUUCAUCUGUAUAAAGAUUAUGUAUGCUUUCAUCGUAUAAGAGGUUUGAAAGUAGUGAGUGUGAAUCUAUUUCUUUCAUUGUAUAUUUCAUCAAGUUUUCGGCGUUUCGUCAAAACUUUUAUUAUUGGAACACUAAACAUCAACUUUUCUGAAUUUGUUUUGAAGCUAGUACGCUUGAUGUCUACUUUUUUUUAUAUUUGUUUUGAUAAUUUUGGGAACAAUGAAAUAGGCAUUUAUAAAAUUUAAUCUGUGAAAGGUGUAAAUGUUUUAAUUAUUUAGUACACAAACACAUUAAUUGCAUUUUCCAAUUCUCGAAUUGAAAUAAACAAAAAGAAUACAACCGAGUCGAAAUAGAUAAAGAUAAUACAACCUAGUAAGGACUAUGAAAUAAGCUACAAAAAACGCGUAUUAUCUCACAAAACUGAAUUUUCGGCUUUUGCACUUAUUUUUUGCAGUAGAUUUCUACAUUUCAGAAUAAUGUUUUCAACGUAGAAGGAUAUAAAACGCUCCAUACACUAUAACUUUAUUCUUAAAAUUUGACCACAAUCUGUUUUUCUGCUGGUUGAACGAAAAACAUAUAUGAUAUCCUAAUAGCUUUAGUGGAAAUCACGCACAAUCAUUGAAAUACUGUGUCGUUAGUCAACACUUUAUA